AUGAAAAUGCAAACAAAAACCCUAUUCAUCCCUAUGGUCCUAGUUUCCAUGACUCAAGCCGCUGAUUUCGCUUCUUUGCCUAAUCCUGGAUGCAAAAGUUGCCAAUCUAAUAGUGAAUGGGACUGUACUUCAAGCACUCUCACCUAUACCUCGUCAUUCUAUUGGUUUGAAAAUGAGAAAGCAGUUCUAACUUCUUUUAUUGGUAAACACAGUUAUGAAGUUUGUACUUCAACUGAUACCACGGAAUGCUUCGUCAACAGCUGUCAAACCAAUCCCGACCUAUACGAUUGCGUGGGUUAUACCUCAACUUGGUCCCAAAAUUAUCUUUACGAAAGCUUUAAAUCCACCUUUUUAUACCCAUAUAAUUGCACAAUCACUUACCUUUGGGAUUCGUGCAAUAGUACGAGUAUGACAGUGAAUCAAUACGCCUCUAAAUCAACUUUGUUUCCAAUUAUAACACGUUUAGAAUGCAAAAGUAGAGGCCCAAGUUCAUCAGAAACCAGUUCACUCCCAGAAUCUCCCACUAUUCAAAAGUCAGAAAUUUAUCCCACUACAGGGGUCAUUUCUGUCCCCGGCAUCUCACCUGUAGCAGAGACUUGGACCGUCUCAGUGCCAAAAACAACUUUAAUUCCAACUUCUGAAGAAACAAAAUAUAUUGACCCUACAUUGAGUGCCAAUGAGUCCAAUCCUUCUGAAAAUUCUUUGGAAACACUCGACCAUUUUCAGGGCUCUUCUGAUACUUCUGGUGCUAGUGAUGUCUCUGGCACUUCUUAUCCAUCGGAUGUUGAAACCACUACACUACAACAACUUCAUAAUUUAGUUGUUGAAGAUGAGCUUGAAAAAUCCCAAACCUCUGAAGGUGAUGCUAAUAUGAUAGCUACUAUGAAACCAUGGUUUGUCUUGGGUGUCAUUCCAUUCUUAUUAUAG